AUGGCCCGGGAACUGGUAAAGAAUGAGCCCAUAGGAUGCGCUGGAGGGUGGUGGUGCCCCCAGGGCCCCAGUGAGCUAGUGGGUGUGCUGGGAAUCUGGCCACACGUGAACCUCCUCCAGGAGAGGGGAUGCCUGCAGUCCAGCCGUCAAAACCACCUGCAGAAAUGGGAGCGAGCAUCAAGCCUGUGUGUGUGUGCCUGCUUGGAUGGAGUUGACCUGGAGGAGAAAGAGGCUUCCUGGCUGGCUCUCCAAAGCCGGUUGUAUGGGCGGCAGCUCAGGCUGCUCACUGCGGGCCCUGUGACCCUUUCUGGGGCCCUGCUUGCUCUCUUCUCCAGUCUGCUUUUCACGCGCGCCUUGCAGUACUCUGAUUGGCGGCUCCCCCUCGCUUUCGGAGGUCGCCGCCCAGCUCCGGCACUCGUGCGCGUACCAGUCAGUGGCGGAGGGCGGUGCUCGCUUGUCGCCCAGGCAGCCGUACACGGCGAGAACGCGCGGGGCGGCCUCGGCUGCGUCCGGGCAAUCCAGUGCGUGGUUCCGCCGUACCCCUCUCCACGACCUCGUUCGAGCAUGUUUCCCAAGGCCCAGGUGAGACGGAUUCUGCAGCGGGUGCCCGGGAAGCGGCGAUUCGGCAUCUACCGGUUCCUGCCCUUCUUUUUUGUCCUGGGAGGGACGAUGGAGUGGAUCAUGAUUAACAUACGCGUGGGCCAGGAGACUUUCUAUGAUGUCUACCGUAGAAAAGCCUCAGAAAGACAGUAUCAGAGAAGGCUGGAAGAUGAAUGAGACUGAACUUCAGCAGUCAAUAAAGUCAAUAUGAAUUUUUA